AUGUCAAGCUACCAAGCCCAGCAUGCCGACCCAGCGGGACCCGGGGACAGCCGGCCGACUGCACUACAAAUCAUCAAAGACGAAGGUCUUGUUGGGAAGUUGACGGGCAAGGUCGUCUUCAUCACAGGCGCCAACCAGGGCAUCGGCCUUGAGAGUGCACGCGCCCUGUACGAAACCGGAGCGACCAUCUACAUGGGAGUCAGAGACCUUGAAAAGGGCCAAAAGGCCAUUGACGACAUCCUGUCAACCGCAACCAAGCCGGAUUCCAAGUCUCUGCACCUUAUUGAGAUGUCUCUUGACUCUCUCGACUCGGUCCGAGCUGGUGCCAAGGCCUUCCUAGCCCAGUGCUCCCAGCUGAAUAUCCUUCUACUCAACGCCGGAGUCAUGGCUACACCCCAGGGCCUCACUAAGGAUGGAUUUGAGACUCAGUUUGGCAUCAAUCAUGUCGGCCACUUCUUGCUUUUCGAACUACUGAAGUCUACUCUUCUGGCCAGUAGCACCCCGGCCUUCAACUCACGCGUGGUGCUGCUCUCGUCAUUGGCCCACAGAUUCAACGGCGUUCGGUUCCACGACAUCAACUUCAAUGAGGAAGGUUCCUAUGACCCCAUGGUUGCUUAUGGGCAAGCGAAGACUGCCAACCUGUUGAUGGCAAACGAAAUUGAAAGACGAUAUGGCUCCCAGGGCCUUCAUGGUCUUGCCGUUCACCCGGGCAUUGUUGGUACAAACUUGGGCCAGUAUCUCGACCCAAGCGUCAUGAAGAGCAUGGCUGAGGACAAGAACAGCUUCAAACUGAUGAAAGAUAUUCCUCAGGGCGCAGCUACUUCAGUCCUUGCAGCCGUAGGUCUUGGUUGGGAAGGACGCGGAGGUCGCUACAUUGCUGACUGCGCAGAGCAAGGCCCUGCAAAGGAUGGCGCCUCGGCGUGGGACAUGUCCGAUCAGGGGUAUGCACCUUGGGCAUUCAAUGAAGAGAACGCUAAGAAGCUGUGGGCCCUCUCGAACAAGCUUGUAGAAAAGUGGAUUGUGGUGUAG